CACGACCACAGACGAGAACGACAACAACGACAACGAUUACGGAGAGAGGUCCAGCACUGGUUCGUCCCAGGAUCAGGAUCCAACGAUUAUGCGGAAAGGGGUUGGGAUCUCUGGUCUGUCACGACAUACAGCUACGACUACAUCUUACGCUUCAUUGUCCAAUACCAUCUCUACCAAUCAACUGGCCUCACUCCAGACUUCCCUAGAUGCAUUCCGAGAUGCCCUCACUUCAUUUGCCAUAGCUCAUCGAGCGGAUAUUCGACGAGAUCCAGCGUUCAGACAUCAAUUUCAGAAGAUGUGUGCCGCGAUUGGAGUGGAUCCAUUAGCUGGUAGUAAUGGUGGUGGAUCAUCUAGCAGUUCCGCGAGUGGAUGGCGGGCGGAGAUGCUGGGAUUGGGAGAAUGGGAUAAUGAAGUGGCGCUUCAAGUGGUCGAUGUCUGCGUCUCUACAAGAGAUAGGAAUGGAGGAAUGAUUGAAGUUGGAGAAUUGGUCCGACGGAUAGACAAGAUGAGAGGCGGGAACAGUUUGAUCUCACCAGAAGAUGUUUAUCGAGCCAUCGACCUCCUUAGACCCCUUGGUUCCGGAUAUUCACUCAAACCAGUGGGAGGCAGUAUUUAUAUACGAUCUGUCCCUCGGGAGCUAGAUACAGAUCAGAGCACACUGUUGGUCAUUGCCGCUGCUGCAGGUGGAAGACUUCGAGAAGCAGAAGUCAAACGAAAUACAGGAUGGACAGAAGUUCGCGUCAGGACAGCACUGGAAGAUUGUAUCAUGCGGGAAGGCAUGGGUUGGAUAGAUGAACAGGCUUAUGGAGGUAGAGACGUGUGGUUAAUAGCUGCAGUCAACUUUGACGAGACAUCAUCACCUGCCAUGCAUCCAGAUUAG